AGUUUUGUGUCGGUCGAGCAAAGUUGGAAAGAAAAAUCCAUCCCCAUCUACCGAUGGAAUUCAUUCGAAAGUUAUCUUUGCAGCAGGAAACAUCCGCCGAAUCCCACGGUUAGUGUGCUGGACGUGAAAAUUAUCGUACAGUUUUGGCCACUUUGGAGUUGGCAAAGAAGUUAUCAUCUUCACAGGUUUGUUUCCUCCUGCUCCGUGGAACAUCCGUGAAUAAUUAGUGUUUCGUCAGUGUUCAGUUCUAUCGUGGGAAGAAGUGGCAGUCUAGCUGUUUGUGAGAGCUAAGAAUUUCCAUUGAACAGCACUUCAACUGGACAAGAAGAAUCGUUACCGAUAAAGCAAUCCGACCCACCAAAAACAAAACAAAAAACUCAUCGAUGAAGGCAAAAAUGGACAGGAAAAUUUGCUAGGCUUUGCAGUUAGUUCAAGAAAAUAUGUUUCGCAAUCUGUUCGAGAAGAAUAAUUAAGUGUUUAUCGAGUGUUCGAAUUUAACUGGAAGUGCUCUGACGUGAGAAGAUCAGAAAAUAAGAGCCCACUUAGCGCCCAUACCCACACCUCUUGGCUGGGAAACAGUGAACUGCUAGAUUCUGGACCCUCGCUCGAAAAACGAAACGGGCUGUGAAGCACCGAAAGUCGAACCAUGAAGCAACCGGCAACGGCGGAAGCGGAUCGUACAGCCAGCAAAGCGAACCGACCGAGUCAGCUGCUGACCAACGAGGAGAACGAGCAGCUCUUCGGUCUGCUUGGGCGACGCUGUCAGACACAAUGCACGGCCGUGGUCCAGCUGUACAUGACGCAAUCGCCGGCACACGCUUCCUGGGUCAAGCGGUGGACCGGAGCACUCUGUUUUAUCAAGGAUAACAUGCGCAAGUCGUACUUUUUUCGACUGUACUGCCUGAAGAACAACCGGCUCGUGUGGGAACAGGAGCUGUACGAUAAGAUUGAGGUCACAAAACCGAAGGCAUUCCUGAUUGUUUUCGAGGGACAGGAUGGAAUCGUUGCGUUCAACUUCGCGACCGAGGAAGAAGCCAGUGCCUUUAUGGGCAUAACCACCUCAACGAUCACGAACAGAAAUCGUCGAAGGGACGAUCGUCUCAAACGUAACAGCACCCGCAAGGAUCCCCCACCGGCACGACCACCGCCGGUAACGAACAAUGCCUUCAACGACAAUACGGUUACGCUUCGCCACAAACCAUCUUUUUCUGCUCCGAUGAUCUCCAACACUGCCUUCCAGCAGCAGCAGCAGCAACAACAGCAACAACAACAACAACAACAGUAUACUCAGCGGUCUGCCAAAACCAAGGGAAAGGCACGCUUACGGAAGGAAGAUAUCGGUAUGCCGUCGAACUUCAAGCACGUGACGCACGUCGGAUGGAGUCCCACUAGCGGCUUCGAUCUUAGUGGCGAAGAGGAAACACUCAGACCGUUCCUUGAGAAAGCGGGUGUACGGGACCAACAUUUGAAGGAUCGCGAAACACGCGAGUUCAUUUACGAUUUUAUUCAGAAUCAUAAAGUGCUGGACACAAUGAAGCACGAACAGAGUGGUAACCGGAAGCAGAAACCUCCGGCCCCUCCACCCGUUCCGAUAAGGAAUCUUCAGGAACAGCAACAAAUGAAUGGUAACAAUCAACAGCGCAACCCACCGCCGCCACCACCUAACAGAACGCUUCCACCGCUUCCGGCCACGACACCACCGAAGGUAAAUCAAGCGCCUUCCCGACCGCCACCGAUGCAACAACAAACAACGACACCCACGGCACCAAUUCCAGGACCCCCUCCGCCGCCACCACCUCCGCCAGCAUCUUCGGGAGCAGUACCACCACCUCCACCGCCGAUGUUGACCCCGUCGGCUCAGAAAACGACUGCACCUGCCCUGUCCGUACCCGCAGUGGAUGAUAAUCGAUCGGCUCUGCUGGAUAGUAUUCGCAAAGGAACGACACUAAAGAAAGUGGACCAAAGUGCACUGAGCACCGGAAGCGGUGGAGAUCCGCGUAGUGAUCUGCUGUCCCAGAUCCGGGACGGUAUCGAGCUUCGACCGGUGGCGGACCGGGAACCGGGCCAGGUGGUAGAUCGCAGUAGUGGAAGCGGCGGCAGUGGCGACUGUGGCACCGAUGCCCUGGCCGAUGCACUGCGACGGGCACUGGCCGAGCGAGGGCGCGUCAUACGGUCUUCCGACGAAGACGAAAGUGAUUCCAACUCGGCCAACGAUGACUGGGACGACUGAACGGCGACGGCAACGACGCGAACCAAGCAGCAACAGCAGCAGCAGCAGGUGAGUGAUAGGUUGGUGGUUCUUUUGGUCCACCGACCGGAAACGCGGUGCCAAAUGAACGAGUGUGUGAAUGUCAUUUUGUGGAUUUAGUAGCAGCAGUUCUACUGAAUUCGUGACUAGCAGCAGGUUACCGAAGUACGAGGAUUGGUGAUGUUAGGAAUUCGGUCGAGAAACGUCGAAAAACGCUUCCAUUGCUCUGUGCAAUGCAUUUUAGUUAUACAUUUUUUUGUUUUAUCCUGGUAUUAUUGGAUGUGCUGCCUUCGAAUAUGUAUCCGUAAUGUAUUUUAGAGCUUUAGUUCUGUGUCACGUUCACUGGUAGAACUUUAAUCUAGGUUGUGUAACUAAUUUUUCAGAUCCAGAGAUAGUGAGAAUGAAAGGGCAAAAUUCAAACCGACGAUGUCUAGAGAUAGUAAAUUUGUUUAUCUCCGAUUAUUAGAUGAAACAAAAGAUUAGCGAUCAGGGGACCAGCUAAAGUUUGACCUAAUUGGCAUUCACAGUGAAAAAAGAAAAAACAGGUAAUCUACUUAAAACCGUAAUUCUUUGAUCGGUCAAACUUUUCCUGAUGCAGAAAAAAAACAAACAAACAAACAACAAUCUAUCUGCUCGUUUUCCUCUCGUAUUGUAGCGAAAAGAAAACACGAGGCUGUUCAUAAACAGCAAACGAAACAUACGCAAGAUACUUUCUUUUCUAAAUGUGUAACUCGAAAACCCUGAACUGAUAAAACUAGCAGACCCGAAAGAACCGUUUUGAAUCGUUGAGUUUAUUUCCAUCGAGUAGGUAGUUGGAUAAAUUCUAGAAAAUUGAUAAUAUAACAAGUAAUAGAUAACAAUAGUUUGAAUAGAGAGUGUUCAGGCCUUUGUUGGAUUAGUCAAGCAAACAGUAGUUAUUAUGAGCAAAUUAAUGUACAUUUGUUAGGUGUUUUUUCGCUAGCAAACCAAUAACCGAUAGUUUUGUUAAGCAUCAUAAACUCUUCCUGUGUAUUUUCAAUCACUUUUAAAGUAUUUCUGUUGAUUUAAAUGUGUACAUGUUGUGCCUAGUGUUGUAUGGCGGAUGAAAUAAAGAAUUAGCAUAAUUAGCUCUAGCCUCCAUUUCCCGAUUGUCGAUAUAUUUCUUCGAUACAGUUACGUAUUAGUUUCGGAUGUGAAUUUUGUUAACUGUGGGUUUAAUCCUUUUGUAUUCUACUUAACUAUACUAAUAAACUUUUUACCUAGUUCUAAUUCUGUUA